AUGGCGAAAUUAGCCGUAGUUCCCCGCCGAGUACCCUGUCCUAGUGAGACAUCGACGCCCCACUACGACGUAGUUAGCCGAGGUUGGUCGACCGUCGUGAGUUCACAACGACACUCAGAUCUCUUCGGUGUUUCGGAGUAUGUGCGAGGAGAUGCUUAUCACUGGGCCGCGGACCACGGAGCCCACGGAGCCGUCAUAUCUCGACGACACGUUAUUGAGAGGGUAACACAGCUUGGACUGUACACAGUGGCCAUAACCAAGACUGUGAAUAUCUCAGGAAGAAAGAACAUUGCAAUACUGCGAGAGAUCGAAGAUAUAGCCAGAUUGUGA